AUAUAUCACAAUGGGAAACCCUAAGUGGAAGGUUGUUCCGCGGUAAAGGUUGCAAUUAUUAAGUUGUAUUAUUAACAACAUCAGAUCACAUUUUAGUUAGCAAAAUGCAGAGCCUGAGUAGAGUCGCCCAUAUCGCUAUUCUAGCGUGCUUCAGCCUGCUGUUUACUACAACAGGAGUGAGCACGUUAGUGAGUAAAAAUGGGCUGAGCAACUAUUCGUUUCCGGACAAUUUCAUUUUCGGAGUCGCAACGGCUGCAUUUCAAAUUGAGGGGGGUUGGAAUGAAGAUGGCAAAGGCGAAAGUAUGUGGGACACCUACCUACACAAGCAUCCAAAUUUCACACUGGAUCAUACAAACGGUGACGUAGCUACUGAUUCUUACCACAAAUAUAAACAAGACAUAAUUAUGAUUCAAUCUCUCGGAGUCAACUAUUACAGAAUGUCGCUGUCAUGGCCAAGGAUCCUUCCAAACGGAACUGACCACUACAUAAAUAAAGCAGGUGUCCGAUAUUACCGUAAGCUCAUGCUAGAAUUAAUAAAAGCCAAUAUAACCCCCGUAGUCACACUUUUCCACUGGGACAUGCCUACAGCGCUUAUGGACUUAGGUGGGUGGACAAACCCAAAAAUGGUGGAUUAUUUUGAGGAUUAUGCAAGAGUAGUGUUUAGCUUAUUCGGAGAUAUCGUUAAAACAUGGACGACGAUGAACGAGCUUCAUGUACAUUGCUAUAACGGUUAUGAUCUCAAAAACUUUGUCCCCGCUAUGCAAUCGCACGGCGUUGGAGUGUAUUUAUGCUCGCAUUACAUGCUCUUGGCACAUGCGCGAGCUUACCAUUUAUAUGACAAGGAAUUUCGACCAAAGCAAAAAGGUAAAAUUGGAUUAACUCUCGAUGUGUUCUAUCCAGAACCAAAGGAUAGUAACAAUAAAGAAGAUGUGGAAGCCGCUGAAAGAUACAUUCAGAUGCACUUGGGACUGUACGCUCAUCCAGUUUAUUCCAAAGAGGGAGACUAUCCCUUGCUUGUGCGAGAAAGGAUUGAUAACAUGAGUCGAAUCCAAGGAUACCCAAGAUCUCGUCUGCCAGUGUUUACUCCUGAAGAGGUUGAAAUGGUACGGGGAACUUCAGACUUUUUUGGCAUCAACCAUUAUACUAGCGUUUGGGUAUCUCCAUCUGAAAUGGAACCUGGCUGGCUGGUACCCUCACUUGACCACGACGUAGGAGCUAAGUCAGAACAAGAUCCUAAAUGGCCAAUUCCUGGAGUAGAAUGGCUAGCAGUACACCCACCGGGUUUACGAAAAAUUGUCAAUUGGAUUACUAAAAAUUAUGGAACCAGGGUUCCUAUUAUAAUAACGGAAAACGGAUCCUCUGACUUUGGCGGUCUCAAUGAUUACGCACGGGUGUCCUAUUACAAUAAGUAUCUCUAUCAACUAUUGCUAGCUAUGCACGAGGAUGGGUGCAGAGUUGAAGGAUAUUUUGCAUGGACACUUAUGGAUGAUUUCGAAUGGUCUGAUGGAUACCGAGUAAAGUUUGGUCUUUUCCACGUGGAUUUCACAAAUCCAGAAAGAAAGAGGACACCAAAACUAUCAGCUCUCAACUACAAAGAGAUUGUGCGGACCCGACGCAUUAAUUUCAACUACAUAAAAAUGCCUUCAUAUAAAUUUAAGAAUUUAUAACAUUGAGUUAAAAUAAUAGGUUAAGCUGUUAACUUAAUAGAUAAAAAUAUUUAUACUUAUUUGUAAAUAGUUGAUGUUAAAGUUUCCUGUUGUUAA